AUGACGGCGGAUUGAAGAACAGGUGCGAGGCCAAGCAUUCUAUCUGCAGAAAACAGAAGACAUUUACAACAUACAUGGUCCAUUUAUCAAUUAGUGGCUAUUUUACUCUGCCAGUCGCAUGAUUGUACAAUGCCUGGUGUUGCCAGUUGCAUUGUAAUUGACAUACUUUUCAAGCUUGAACGAACCCACACAGUAGUCGAGAGAGCAAUAGUGAGAGAGGGAGAUAUAUAUGUGUGUGCGUUUUAACCUAUUUUAACCUAGCAAGUUUACAUCUGCAUCUGCAUUUUAUUUGAUUCUCUGUUAAGAGGCUCGAGAACAACAAGACUGUUUCCCUCCCCAUCCACCUCAGCAAACUUCAGAAACGGGCGUUGCGUGUAGCCUAAUCAUUUUGGGGAACUUGAUUUUGGCUUCCUGAUUGCACACGUUCCGCUCUGUCGCUUGUUUGCGCCUUCUGAUCGCGUUCGUUCCGCUCCAUGAAACCACUGUGCGAGUCUGUAGCAGAUUUUCAGUUCAGGUUUCUGUUAAUCGAAGGAGGGUUGAAGUGAUUGUCGACUGUACUGUGUUCUGAUAAAUAUAUCAGAAAGUUUCAUUCUUCAAUCGGCCCGGUCUCCAUCAACAUGUCGUCGCUGCCCAAGCAACUACGAGACGAGAGUGAUUUUGACCAGCUUCCACACGACAUUCCCAUCAGUGCCACCAUCGCAGACAUUGAGGAGAAAAAGGGCUUCAUCGACUAUUAUCGUUUUGUGAUGGAGGUAAGGACCAGAGGUGGUAGUAAGUACCUGAUCUACCGGAGGUACAGCCAGUUCUUCAACCUGCACAGUGACCUGGAGCUGAAGCAUUCACCUGGAGACCAGGGCACAUCUGGACCUAACACCUGCAGGCUGCCCACCCUGCCUGGUAAAGUGUUCAUUGGCAAUAAGAAGGAGAUUGCAGAGAAUAGAAUUCCAGAACUCAACACUUAUAUGAAGAGAUUGCUGGGCCUGCCUACCUGGGUUCUAUUGGAUGACGACAUCAGGAUGUUUUUCUACCAGACUGAGUCAGACAGUCAGCACCAACCACGAGCCCUGCGUCGCCUCCGGCCCCCUACACGUAGAGUGAAGACAGUUAAAACCAACCAGACAGAUGUCUUCUCCUCCCCCAGAGCUGAGGUGGUCUUUGACUUCAGUGGGAGCGGACGACUGGAGCUGAGUAUGAAAGCUGGAGAGGUGAUCUUCCUUCUGAGGAGAGUUAACACAGACUGGCUGGAGGGCACGGUGAGCAAUCGAACAGGUAUCUUCCCAGAAUCCUUUGUGAAGAUCAUUAAGCCCCUCCCAGAGAGUGACUCUGAUGGCGAGAGCGGUGGCGCUUCAGGUAAAGGGGCGGGGUCUUACAGCUGCCUGCGCUGCUACCUGCUCACACCCCAGGGCGUCGACACCAGGGAUGUGUGUGUUGAAGAAGAUAUCUCCACCCAGCCAUCAUACAAAGAACUAUUGGCACGCAUGAGAGAUGUGUUCAAGGUGGAUGGCAACAUCGCCCUGAACUACCGUGACCCCGAGGGUGACCUGGUGCGUCCUGACGACGGGGACGUGGCGCUGAUGGUGGCCGAUGGGCGGGCGCAAAGGUCAAAGGUCAAGAGGCCUGUCAAUCAGUUUCCGUGGGAACUGCAUGUUACCGCGGCCUCUGACCUGUCUGUGUAUAAUACUGAGAUAUAAAGACAGGGAGAUGGAGGUUUUCACAUGUUUCUGUACUCGCUGAAGAGAGGCCAUUUUGUGUUUGCUUUCAGUGUAUGCACGCUU